CGCUCGUUCGCCGUUAAAAGCCUUUUAACUCGAUUAAAUUCACUUUUAAAAGUUUGUUUUUCCGUUCCGUUCGGUUCGAUAAUAAAAUUAUGUGAAAAUGUUUGGUGAAUGAAGGAAGAAUGUGAUAAUUACCUUAAUUAGUUCCAAGUGUUAUUUUUAGUUACAAUUAUUUUAAAGUUUUAUUUUUAAUUAAAAUACUGCCGAUAUUAAUUCAAUCGGGUGUUCAAUAUCUAGCUUAACUUGACUUCUGGCUUAGGUUAACAUGUAAUGGACCACGAAUAUGAAACCCUGUAUAUCCAGAACCGUGUGUGUUAGCAUUUAAAGAUUUUUUUUCAACUGUUAAGUUCGCAAAUACAAGAGUUCUGCCUAAAACAGUGAAAAUGUGCCUUCAAUAAAAUGACCACCAUACUCCAAGUGACCUUACUACUAACCAUCUACGAACUAUGUGACAGUGCUUCAUCUUACUACCCGUACACCCGCCACCAAAACAAUUACAAUGACGAUUACAACAUAAAACAAUACACGAGAAACAUAACCCUCAAGCAGGGUACCCUGCAGGGCAUCGUGGUGGAGCCCAAAAUCAACAGAGCCCUACCCAGUGUGGAACAAUACAGAGGCAUACCGUAUGCAGCGGCACCUGUCGGGGAUUUGCGGUUUAUGCCUUCGGGCAGCGCCCCCUCGUGGUUCGGCACGAAAUACGCGGAUACGUAUGGUCCGGUGUGUCCGCAGCAGUUCCCGGACGAGAAAAUUAUGGCCCCCGAACGAAGGGCGUAUUUUUUGAGGUUAAAGGAGUAUCUGCAGAAUCAAAGCGAGGACUGUCUGUACUUGAAUAUAUAUUCUCCCUAUCAAGGCGACGGGACAAAUCCAAGAAAAUAUCCAGUCAUGAUAUUUUUGCAUGGCGAAUCUUUCGAGUGGAACUCCGGAAACCCUUACGAUGGAAGCGUAUUGGCCGGAUACGGCAAAGUCAUCGUCGUGACACUCAACUACAGGCUUGGCAUUUUAGGAUUUCUUAAGGCGGGUGUUGACGACUUUGCGAAAAGCAACUUCGGUCUGAUAGACCAGAUAGCCGCCUUGCUGUGGGUCAAGGAUAACAUUGCAGCUUUUGGGGGCGAUCCAAGUGCCGUAACGCUUUUCGGACAUGGAACGGGUGCGGUCUGUGCGAGCCUGCUUAUGCUCAGCCCACUACACGGUACACAAAUGCUGUUCCAAAGGGCCAUCCUGAUGGCGGGGACCGCGCUGGCCGACUGGGCUUUGGCCGGCAACCCUCGCGCGGUCACCUACCAAGUGUCGCAAGCAUUGAACUGCCAGUUUCAAGACGAUUUCGCAGCGUGCCUGAGGAGGAAACCGCUGGCCGAGAUAAUGAACGUCGGAGCGAAGACCUCGGCGUACAAGACGAGGUUCGGGCCUGUAGUGGACUCGGUGGUCGUGCCCAACGACCCGAAGAAGUCGAUGGCCCAGUACAGCGAUAUUUUUAAGAGGUUUGAGUUGAUGUAUGGAGUUUCUGAAUUAGAAUCAGUCCACCUGCUGGGUCCAGUAGAGUUAACGCAUGGUAUGUUGGAAAAGGAGAGGGACGAGGAGUUGAGAAGUUAUGUUAGGUCACGUUGUGAAAUGGAACCCGAACUGUGCUUGGCUCGCACUCUGGCCGAGUAUACCCAGCCGGAGUUCGCGCUUAACGAUGAAAACAUUCCGCAGCCAAAAUCUACAGGUCAAGAACCAGAUAGGGCGACGCUGGCUCGCGACGCCCUCCUAGACAUCCUAUCCGACGCCCGUACCGUUGCCCCCAUUGUGCAAACGGCGAGAUAUCACGCCGCACUAAACCUGCAGUCCUACUUUUACGUAUUCGCACACAAGACUUCGUCCAAGGAGUACAUUAGAAACAAGAGCUAUAACGGCGAUGAGCUUCCAUAUGUAUUCGGUGUUCCGCUGGAUGGGCCUAAGUUUCAUUUUGUUGAUCAUUACAACGAAAAAGAACAGCUUUUCUCCGAAAUAAUUAUGAUGUACUUUUCCAAUUUCGCAUACACUGGAAAUCCUAAUGUACCAAGGAAAAAUGAGUUUUAUUCCUCCAGACCAGCAGAUUGGUUUCAAUUUGAUGUGGAAUGGCCUGAAUUUGAUAUCAAACAAGAACGCUACUUGCAACUUAAAAUUCCACCACAAUAUGCAGAACACUACAGAUCGCGAGAAAUGAUAUAUUGGAACGACGUUUUCCCUGAACUAGCGAAAUAUAAAGAAAACAUAUCAACCCCUCGCCCUUUUCCAAGAAAAUUCCCGAACAUCCCCAGAGGUAGGCCUCCUCCUUUAUUUGUCUUCCAUAACUUUUCAGAUCCAGACAAAAUCGCCCCCAAUUAUCCCUACAGAAAGUACGAAAAUUUCCUCAAACCUCUUGAAACACAACCCCCCAAAGAUGUCUAUGGCGUCAUACAAACUAUAGGUAGAGAUAGACCAUAUAACAUCGAAGAAAAAACCUAUGGAGUUCUUCAAAGUUCACCUGAAGAAACUGCUAAUGUCCAGGAGGUUCAACAAGGUUCAAGUUUCAAUCUUUUGAUAGUGGGAGGUUUAUUUAUCAUUGUAAUGCUGAACAUUUUAAUUCUUGCUGGUUUAUACUACAAAUGUUACAAAGUAAAAUGCAAAAACUCUCUACCAAAACAAAAUGAAACCACUGAAAUUAAAGAUGAAGAACCAAAAAAUAAUGAAGACGCUCUUGAAAACGGUUGUAAUAUAGUCAAGAUAAUACGUUCUUCAUCAUCAAAAAGUGAGGAUAUUUAUGAAGGCACAAAAUCUGAAUCUAGAAAAUCAAAAGUAAAACUUACUAGACAACUCUCAAACAGUACUAUUGAUGCUCAUACUAAGGUGAGAGAUUGGAUAACACAGGAAAUAGUCAACAAAUAUAGCCCAAGAUUCCUACGAAGGAAUCGGCAUGCUUCAGUGAAGAUACCAAAAUCUUGCGCGAACAAUAUCUCACUGGAUUUAACCGAAAAGGAUUCAACGUUAGGUAGAAGCCCUACAAGACCAGUCAGUACGGAGAUUUUGAAGGUUGAACCUAGUACAUCUUACGCUACUGUUAAUAGCAAGCCAAAAAAAGUUUCUGUUGGUGUUGAUGCUACACCAACUGGAAGAGGUUCUAGCGUUUUAAUGCAGCAACCAAUAGAACUAACAAAGUCACUGGACUACGAUCAUUAUCAUCCUGAAAAUGAAGUACCGUUAAGGCGUUCGAUGACGUUGGAAGACUUCUCACCGAGAACUGUGGAUUGCAAGAAGGAGUUACGAAAAAGUACGACUAGUAUUAACCUGAAAUUUACACCGGAGAUACACCCGACGAUCGUGAAAAUAGAACAUAGUCAUUCGCGUUCGGAACCCGUUGAGGACAUGUACGGUUUCACCAAAGUCAACAGGCUCAAAACGUUUGAUCCCAACGCUGAUAUUAAUGUAACCUCGCGUGAUAAUAUUGAAACAAUACCGCUGACUCCAGAAGAAUCAUUAAUGACUAUAAAACGAAGAAACUUCCCGAAGGUGCUACCGGAUCAUCCAGGUCGUGAGGCGCUAGCUCAUAAACGGCGUUCCAUGCCCGCGCACUGUUUAUUUUUGCCCAUACCGGAAAAUCCGUCUUUCUCGCAACCUAACUCACCCAACUUUAAAUUCCCACCCCUUCCACCACCGCGCACCACUUCCUCAUUGGAUAGAAAUAAUACUCUACCCCAAGCUAUAUGCCAAUCUGAGCCAAUGCUGGCUGAGGAACCACCUGUAAGUCAAGAACCUGAGGUUGUUUGUAAUAAUUUGUAUGUUGGGCCGUUGACAAUGAAGAAGAAGCCUGAAUUGAAGAAGGAUAACAGUCAGGAGAUAUACGCUUGUCUUAGAGCUAAGGAUGACGAAAUUAAAAAUUUAGAACAAAAACCUAAGACUAUAAUUGCAGCAAAUCAACCUGGUAGCCUAAAUAAACGUAUUGCAGAACCAAAAUAUGUUAUUAAACCUACAACAAGCAAAAAAGAUGCAUCUCAAAAUAGCAAAAAUAUCCCCAGAGUUGUAGCCUCUGAUAAUCAGCCUCAAAUACACGUUAAAAAAGAGAAUGAAAGUGGUGAGGCGAUGUCAAAAUUGCCUGUUAAAGUGGUAAAAGCAAAGUCAAAGUCACAUAUACCGACGCCGGUUAAAAGUGGUAGUACAAACAAGGAGUCAUCUAGUUCGGAGUCAACUCCUUCAGAAGAAUCAGAUACCGGGACUGUUGUAAAAAGAUUAUAAUAAGGCGCAGUCUCUUUAAAUAUUUUGAGUGUCCUGUAUUAUUUUUGACUGAUUAUUUAUUUAUUUUGAAAUUGUACCGUGUACAUACCUACAUAACAUUUAUACCAUUUUUCACAUGUAAUAAUUUGACGAUUUUUUUAUAAUAUAAACUUUUUUAAUGAU